UAUUAAUUUAUUUAAACGGAUAAACGUGUGAUACACGGUUUGAUAGGUCUUAUCCGAACACGACUCAUUUAUUAAACGUGUCUGACGAGUCAACUCGUUUAUCAAUCAAAUCCGUUAAGAUUUCAUUCAAACUCAUUUAAUUUGUAUCGGUUAAUCGUGUCGUGUUAAAUUUUGACAGGCCUGACAGAAUACAACAUUAUUACUGUUAUAUAGUGUUAUCAUUUAAUUAUAAAAUGAAUCACACUAUUUUUAUAACUAUAUGUAAUCAUCAUAUUCAAUCAUCAACACAUUAUAUUAUUAGAAUUUAUUUUAUCUAUUUAUUAUUUUAAUUCGAUAACAACAUUGCAUUGAAUAUUAGCUUACGUGGGUUAUGGACUCGUGCGAAACGCGAUACAACAACGCCCGGACCCCAAAAAGGACUCUGAACUCGAUUUUAUAAUCAUAUUUGAAGUCCACAGGGUACGCCUCUCCCCUAUAUAAACUCGUUGUCCCCAGUCUUUCUAUUUUCAGCGAAGGCUCUGUCUGGGUCUGUUGUCGAGAGGUUAUUCUCUCUCUGCAUACAUUUUAUAGCCGAAUUCUUUUAAUUCGAUCUUUGAAGAUUCAAGACUGCGCUAGUGUUUUGGCAUUGAGAUUCCGAGUAUUUGAUCGCCAUUUUCACGGAGAGAAAUUUAAAGUUUCCGAUUGAUUGUCUGUUUUGACCACCACUAAAGAGAUGGUUGAUUCUAAGAAGCAACAAGCAAUUAAAGAACACGAGAUCGAUAACAUGGAUAGCGCAGAUCGAUCAAACGGUGAUGGAUUCGAUGUUUCAUCAACUGUUGUAGCCUCUUCUAGUGAUAUUGAGACAUCUGCGAGACAAAUUAGGGGCUCUGGUGGUGAGUUUGGGCAAACGGAGAGGUUGACGGACAUACUUGUUGAUGACGGGGAUGGUGAUCUGUUUCUUCAACGGAACAAUGGAGAGAAUAGGGUUAUGCAGUGGCUUCAGGCUCCGGAUAUGCAAUUUAUGGGUGCUUGUCGUGCAGAUGAGAGGUUGAAGCCUUUGCUGAAACUGAAUGUUUCAAGCGGUGCCACCGAAGAUCGGUUACUAACUCAUCUAAGCCAGCAUUUUGAGUCAUCAGAAGUUGCUGUGCUAGCCAGGUGCUUGUGUAUUCCGCUUGUAUCUGUUCGCGUUGGAAAGAUCGACAAACAAGGGACUCUCCUGUGUCCGACGGCUACAAGACGUAUUUGUACGGCCUAACCAUCUCAUGAUCGGUACUGCAUGCUGGAUUCUAUAUGGUUGGUUCUUAGACCUCUGCUUCAUGAUAUGAGAUUCUUCUAGCUAGGAGGUGCAUUUUGACAUGGGGAGGGAGACACCACUAAGCGGGAAUUUGAAUGUCAUUCUCUUGCCAACUUCCAAUCUGUGCAUCUCAUUUGUUGGAGAUGAUGGAAAUGCUGAAGGACUAGCAACCUUGAGUACUGAUUUGCAGUGUUCUGCUGUAGCAAUUGACGCACUUCCAGCAGACAAGUCUGAACGAUCUUUCCUGAUAAAGGUCCCAGAUGGGAAAAUUUUUUAUUUUUGGUGCUCAGAACAAUCAAAGCUGCUUGGGAUUGAGUUGCUUGAAAAGUUGAGGGAUUUACUUAAGAGGAAGCCCUCCCUAGCUGAAUUAUCAGGAAUUAGUGAGUCACGGCUGGACUGUUUUGCAAUUCAUCUCCAAACUUAUCUUGUUGGGUCAUCAGUGACUACUACUCAAGCAAGUACAGUUUUCUCAACAAUCCCUUUCCCAACUUCCUCAUUUGACUCUCCUGAACUUUGUCAGAAUGCUCGAUCCUUAUCGGCAUCAUUGAAGCCUUCACGUUCUCGACACUACAGCAUUCCAGCAACCAAGACAAAUUCACUCUAUCAGGGUGGUCUCAGCCUUAGGUCUAGUUCCUUUAAGGAUGGCCGUGUUGUUAGAGAGGAGUUCAGACGGCAUGGGGAUGACCAUCUUCCUUGUGUAGACAACCUUUCCACUUCUUCACCAAGUACUGCAGAGACAUCUGGUUCAAGUCAUCCUGAAAAAGACAAGCUUCCAGAAGCUACUGGAACCUGCCUGUUCUCUCCAUCGAAUUUUCUGGAAUCACUUGGAAAAUCUGCUGACCCACCUUUUCUGAGUCCUGCAUCUCAAGUCGCUUCGAUUGGUUCAUCUCUUUUCUCUCCUGACUACUGUUGGUGUCCUCCUGUUGCAUCACCUUUGCAAUAUACAGUAGAUUGUUUACAACUGCCUAUCUUGUCAACUGAAACCUUAUCUUUACCACCACUUUCUUCUCUACUGUCGGCCCCUAGGUCCUCUUUUUUGCCAGUGAAGGCACCUGUUAAUUUGGCUGAAGUUCCCUGUCUGGAUUUCCCACCUUUCCUGCCUGAGCCACUGGUUAGGUUGCCAUUGUCUAUGACAAACUCUCAACAGAUUCCUAUCUUCAUACCUCAUAUGUGUGAUCCCAUCGUUCAUAUUCCUUUUAUUGAUGUUUGCUCCUCAGGCCAGGGCUAUCUCGUGAGUGCCGGACCUGCUAUAUCAACCACCAUUCCACCAUUGCUUCCAAACCUUGUGAAUCCCUUGAUUCCUGAAACUGAUUCUAUGAUGGAGAAAGGAGCAAGAGAAACUCUGCGACUUCUAAUCAGUGGUAGCUCUAGCCAGACCAACCCAGAGUUGAUUAAUGUUCUGCCUUCUGUCCUAAACAAUAUUGAUGAGCAACGGAGUAUGCUUGCUGCUGGCAGUAGGAGUGUGUAUGCUGGAGCUGCAGAUGAUACUGCUAUUGCAAAUAGCAUUGCAGCUAUGGGUUGUGUAAUGAAGAGAUGCUUCAGUAAAUGCAAUUUGGUUUAUGAAUUGGAAAAACCUGGAGGCCCUGAUGGAGCAUGUUUGGACAAUGACAAAGUUGAGGAAGGAAAGGAUUGAAUAGACGAUUGUUCCCCUUGUAAGAUGUAGUUUUUGUCUGAAAACUGUUGUUACGUGGUGAAAUGUAAUUAAUUUCUUUUCAUCCAUCCAUCCAUCCAUCGGCACUGUUCUUUGAUUCCUUUUGUUCAUAAUUAGAUUGUUGUUUU